CCAACUGUGAGUGACUGAGUUUGUUCGACGAAAACAAAGCACUGUAAUUCUUUAAAAAUACACAAAGAAACUCAGUACAUCUUCACUUAAUGCUUCAUCUUUAUGUGUAAGUCAUGCAGUGAAACUAAGCUACCAAUUUGAGGGUUUUGAUGCUGAGAGUUGUCAACAAUUGUCCACAGUUCCAGUAAAUGCUUCUCAACCAAUCUCUUCACACAAUACCAAAAUACAAAGGACAGCUUUGCAGUUACUGUUCAAUUGUUUGUCUUGAUUUGUUGUACGAAGCAGCUAGUAUGCUAUAAACUUUGGUACAGCAACUCAUAUGCCGUUACUGAAGGAUGUUGUUCAAGAAGCAAAAACAUGAAGUCAAGUGAAUACACAAUCAUCUUCAACUUUGCAAGUAUGCCAGUUAAAGUUGCUUUUUAAAACAUAACAUAUAUCUGGACAAGACUGAUUUGUCUUAUUUUACUUCAGCCUGUGAAAUUUAUGAACAUUAAAUUGAUUGAUUAAGUUUUUUUAUGCAAAAUGGGGUUAUCUCCAAAGAUUUUGCUUAAUUUUCUGAUAAUUUUUCAAGCAUUACAUUUCACGCAGGCUUUGAAUAUAUCGCUAUUCAGUGAAGGACAUUGUACAAAAACUGUUCCAGAGUGUGUUCCAGUUGAAAUUACGGAAUGUUUGGGAAACUCCAUUGGGUUUUCGCAUACAUCUUUGUCUUUAGCAAAUGACUCAACUUCUCAAGAAGAAACACAAAAUCGACUGGCACAAUGGAAAGCUAUACAGUCUGUUCCCAGGUGUUGGGAAGUUAUCCAGCCGUUCCUCUGCUCUGUUUAUUUGCCAAAAUGUGUGAACGGUACUGUAGAAUUACCGAGUAUGGACAUGUGUACUGUUACAAGGUCACCAUGUAAAGUAGUAGAAACUGCAAGAGGCUGGCCUGAAUUUCUUAAAUGUAAGCCAGAGAAUUUUCCAGAAGGUUGUGAGAAUUCCUAUAAAGAAUUGACAUUCAACACGAGUGGAAAGUGUGAACCUCCUUUAGUGGCCACAGAGAAUGAGAAGAGUUGGUACGAUGGGGUAGAUGGCUGCGGCAUCCAGUGUCAGAAUCCAUUGUACUCUCAAACCGAACAUGAAAGGAUGCAUACUUUCAUCGCCGUCUUUGCUUCUAUCUGUGCAAUAUGUACAUUUUUUACCCUUCUGACGUUCUUUGCGGAUUGGAAGAAUUCUAGCAAGUACCCAGCACUAAUUCUGUUCUAUAUGAAUGGCUGUUUUUUUGUGGGAAGCAUAGGGUGGCUUGCUCAAUUCUCCAAUGGGGCUAGAGAUGAUAUUGUCUGCAGGAAAGAUGGUACGAUGAGACAAUCCGAACCCAGUGAGGGUGAAAACCUAUCGUGUGUAAUCAUCUUCAUCAUUGUAUAUUACUUCCUAAUGGCUGGUGUCAUCUGGUUUGUGAUGUUAGCGUUUGCUUGGCACAUUUCCUUCAAGGCUCUUGGUACGCCAAAGGAUGCUAUGAAUGGAAAGACCUCCUAUUUCCAUCUCUUCACUUGGAGCAUACCGUUCCUUCUGGUUGUCGUCAUCAUGGCUUUCAAUCAGAUUGAUGGUGAUUCUGUUUCUGGCAUCUGUUUUGUUGGUUAUAAGAAUCUCAACUAUAGAGCAAUAUUCCUUUUGGCUCCUAUUGGCAUUGCUCUAGUGAUUGGUGCUUUUUUCCUCAUCAAUGGUCUGAUGACCCUGUGUGGACUACAGCGUGGGGGUCACAGUUUACUAAAUGAGAAAGCUUCUGCGAGAAUCUCCAGAACAAUUGCGAGGAUUGGUGUGUUUGCCGUUUUGGCCUUUUCAUUUAUCUUUAUCAGCUUUGCUUGUCAUCUUUAUGAAUUCACCAAUCAGGAAGCUUGGGAGAAGGGAUUUAGAGAUUAUAUGGUGUGCGAGGCAAAUGUAAGCUCACUUCGGCUGAGAGAAGAGACUGAACACAUACCCUUGUGUUCAAUGAACUCCAAGCCCAAUCUAACUGUUGUCAUGCUGCAUAUUUUCUCACUAUUUGGAGCUGGUAUUGCAAUGAGUAUGUGGGUCUGGACACCAGCGACACUGUCUAUCUGGCACAGAGCUUGGCGAAAAAUUACAAGACAACCAAUCAACGAGCCCCAAAAAUUAAAGAAGUGUCGAAUGAUAGCCAAAGCAUUUGCAAAGAAAGAUAGACUGAAGGAUGACCACGACGAUGCUGAUGGAAUGUCAGUCAGUUUUGAAUCAGCAUCACACGACGAUCCAUUGGGAAUGCGGCUGGAAAUCCCUCCAUCAAGUGUCACAGAUGAAACUUCAUCAGCUAAUUGGGGGAACAAUGUACCGACAAGGAUGUUGACAAGAAGGGGUGCAGCUGUUCCUGUACCCCUAAUAUCGGCCAUCUCCCAAUCAAGUUCAUCAGGUUUUGAUCCGUCAGUGUACAGAAGACCUUACACGGGUCGUCGUAACUUAGUCCAAGCAGAAGUUACAGUAGAGCCACCGCCAACAUCCCAGCGUGUACCAAGCCGACUGCAACGCAAGAAACGCCUUGCACCAGUAUACCAUCGCCCAACUGGUCUUGAAACCCCAAUUGCAGACCAGCAACGAUCUCUCCACGGCAGCGGUAUUAACAGAAAUGGAAUGUGCGCACUAGAUGAUCCUCUGGGCUUGUUUUCGCAUAAACCGUCAUCUGUCCCAAAACUUCCUGCAAUUCCAAAGCAAAAACGUGUGAUGAUUGUCCAGCAACCAUUUGAAAUGGAGUGUGAGGAUAUCAAUCACAAGGACUGGUUUUAAUGUCCAUAUUUUUAUCCGUGUCAUACAGUGAAAAAUAAUAUUAUGCAAGACCCCAUUAAUUUGAGACCAUUUUUUUCAAAGAAACAAAUAACAAUCUUCUAGCACAGAGCUAACUUUCUAAUUGGAGACACCCCAAAUGUUCAGGUCUCGAAAAUGGUGUCGAAUUGCAUUGUACUAACUGAAACUGUACAUUGUAUAUACCAUUAUAAUUAAAAGCCCCUACCUGUAAAAUAUUUAAACUAUGCUUACAUGUUCUGCGGUUUAAAAAAAAAAAUAUUACAGUACAGUAAUAAUAUUGUAUUCAACACACAAAAUGCUUGGCAUCAGGUCUUUUGCAGUCAGCAGCAGAUUUAUGGGAAGGGGAAUAGGAGAAACAUGUCCCAAAGUAUGUACUUUUUUUAUAUAAUGUGGUUAUAUUGCCUUUCCUCAUUAUUAAGUGGCAACUUUGAACCAUUGGGUUCAUUAGGACAAAGCUGUGCCACAAGCAAAUACAGGUCUCAUUCUAAUUAAAGAUCCCUCCAAUUAAAGACCACCACCAUUAAAUGAUCACCUCCAUUAAGACCACCUUCUUUCUGCAGCCCCAAAUGAACAUCUACCGUUUAUUUUAAUAAUAAUAAUUGUUGUAAUUAAAGACCAAAACUGUUGAAGAUCAUAAAAACCCAGGUCCCAAAAGUAGUUUUUAAUUGGAGUGUAAAUGCAGUUGUACUGUUAAUUAGGACACAUUCGGCCAAAUCUGUUGUAAUAAACUUUAAAUAGGUUCACUAACGUAUACUUUUAAAAACAUUUAACCUCAGACCAAUAAUGUAAAAUCCAAAUCUAUAAGUCUAUACUUUUGUAAAUAUUUUUGUAAAUAAAAUGCAUUUUUAUGUUUAAGAGUCAGUUACCAUAUCAGUAUUAAUGAGAUGCUAGUUUAAGUGACACCUCAGGCGAUCGACUUGGCAAGAAUGCUAUUCUAGGUAUCAAUUAGUAUUAAGUAUUAAAACGUAUUUUGUCAUGACUAUUUUAGCAUGGUUGAAUGUUGUACAGUAUACUGAAAUUUUAAAGUUUUACAAUACAUCUUAUCUUAAAUUCUCGUGUGAAUAUUUAUAGGAAUGGUUCCAUUUUGUGGGGUGCAGGCAGACAUGAGUGGGGUCUAAGGGAUGGAGUGUUCAUUUUCUAAUUAUGGGGGUUCAGUGGGUAUGCCUCAUGGGAACUCAAGAGUUUUAGCCAGUUUAUACAGUACUGUAUAUAAAUAAUUCCACAUUAAGAAUUUUUAACGCCUGCUUGGAAGUGAGCGCCCCCUUUCACCACCCCUGGUUCUGCCACUGCCUACUGUAGUAUCUUUGAAUUUGCAUUUGUAGUUAUUUGCAUUAUUUUUUUUUUAAAGGAAUUUAAAAGGUGUCAAUUUUGAUAAAAUCUUUUGACAUUGCAGCUUGUACCAUUCCUACAUACUGUAGGCUUCUGUUGGGGAAGAUAACAGAAAAUCUUAAUACGAAAACAGUACAGUAAAUGGAAUUUCUCUUGUUAUCAUCAACGUAAUUUAUUUAUCUCUAAAACUGCAUACAAUUUGUGGGCUACCUUCACCCUACAGCAAAUACACGUUGAAUAUUUAUUGGCUUGCACUUGUAUUGCAAGUCUAAAGUUGCUUCCAUUUAGUCAGGGGUGGCACCGAAAUUUGCCAGACAGAGGGCUGUUGUCCCCGACGAUAACGCAAGUGGGUGUGGUCAGGCAUUGCUCAAAAUCUCUCAGAAGUGGUCUGGAAGCUAAGCCAUCAGAAACUAUGACAAUUUAGGGGUUUCAAAGGCUUAAUUGAUUUUAGAGCCUACUACAUGUGUAAAAAAUACAUAAUUUUUUUUCUCCCCAACAAAUUGUUUUCCCACUGGCACCACACCUGUUAUCUCUUACAUUAUUGCAUUAUUUUUUUUAACAAACUGAUGCAUGUUAAUUCAGUUUUUCUCUUGCAGUCAGAUAUUUAUUUCAGACGUUUUUCUUUCAUUUUAAUGCAGUUGAACUUGUCGAAUGUAAAAUGCCAUUGAAAUAUUGUUUGACUUAGAUAAAAUUCGACUUACAGAUUGUUAUAUAAUGCAAUAUAAUGAAAAACACAACAAUUUGGCAUGUAAAAUUAAAUCAAUUUAUAAAUUAUUCGACUUAGGCAAGUUUAACUGUAGUACAGCAUGUAAUAAUCCCACCCCCCCCCCACCUGCAAUUGAUAUAGAUACUCUGAUAUGUGCUAACAUGUAUUGUCCAUAGUGGUCACAAAAAAUCUGUGACUUAUUGUGAGUAUUUGAAUCCAAAGGAAUAAAGCAAAUGAAUUGUUUAAUUAUGUUUUUUAUCAUAUAUUUCAAUUACUCAAUUUAUAUGGUUUGAGGAUUUUUUUUAUGCAACCAAUGAUUAUGAUAUUCAGUAUUAUCACAGACAAAUCUUCCAUAACUAUACAAUAUUUAAUACUGUAAUAAUUAAUUAAUGUCAAUAUGGAAUUUGUUGCUAACGAAUAAACCUGUACAACCAUCAUAUCUAAAUUUAACAGUUGAUAACAUCUAGACCAAUGGCAGAUAUAAUUAUAUUAUAUGAUCAUUGCAUUCUAAA